AUGGACAAGGAUCUCGACUAUCACCAGGAAUCUGAUAUUGACAAGCUCAAGAAUCGAGAGGAUAUCCACUUCGAGCAUCAAGGCGAGGGAGAAUCACAUUGUGAAGGAAAAUCUCGUGGCCAGUGUGAGAAGAACAAAUUUGAGAAGAAGAAUGAGAUGAAGAUUGGAGGAGGAUGUCCAACUCAAGGAGGAGGACAGUGCAAGGAUGCUAAACGUUGUGAUAAGAUGGAAGAUGAGCCAAUGGACAAGAGAAGAGAAUCGGAUAUCAGAAACAAGGAGAUGUGA